GCACGGCGCGCGAUUGCUAACAAGGAAGGGAGUGGAGAAGAUCGUACCUACAUUCUAUGUAUGUGAACGGAGUAGUCCGUUCUGACGUACAUGCGCAUAUACAUGCGAUUGUUGAGGACAAUGAUCAAUGAUGAAGACUCAUGUCAUAUGCACUGGCAUCGUUGCAGUCCCGCAAUGGCCGUCCCGAUUAUCAUUAUUGCCGUCGCUCAGGUUGCGAUCGCAAAGACUGCGCAUGUGACGUUUUGGAGUAACGACGCUAUCCAUACUCACAUACUCACUAGUAGGUGGCAGUUGGAGUCUUUCUUUCUUUCUUUCCUUUUCUUUUUCCGUCUCUUUUCCGUGAUUUCUUUGACGGCAGCAACGGGCUGGAAAAGGAAGUCUGCCUUGGGAAGCAAACGAGAUAAAGCAAGCCAUCGCAUCUCCAAUGCUCACCGUGCCCAGGAUGGGGGGCAACCAAUGGCCACGACGCAUGGCGGAGAUGUCAAUUUGCGAGGAUCAGCAUCUGGACAAAGCGCGACCCCCGGACGACAGGACGAUCCGAGUUUCUAGAUCCCGCUGUCUGACUCGAUACCAACCAGGGAAAAGAAAAAUGGCUAACGGGAAGCACCUAGUCUAUACCACGUACACACAGCUAGACUACUACCCACGAUGCACACAUGAUCAGACUAAUGGACUCGAAUAAUGAGGGAGCGAUCGAGAGAGUAAGUGAGACCUUUGACGGGUCCCAACUACUACCCACCCCGGUCUAGUCCCGCACGAAGGCAGAAAGGAUUAAUAUAG